AUGAAGGUUGCUCUUCAGCUGCUGCUGCUUCUCUUCUCCACCUCUAACUUGGAGGUCACCUCAAGCCCGACCGGCCCGGAUGACUUUUUGGGUCCCGAGGAGUGUCUGGCAAGGAAGCCCACGCGUGCGUCGUGCGACUUGGUCUUCUGCCCGCCGUGGGAGCGAUGCAUCAACGGCCAUUGCUCCUGCAAACCGCCGUAUUUGUGCCCCGCUGAGGACGUCACCCCCGUUUGUGGGCGGGACGGACGACUCUACCGCUCCUUCUGCCAGGCCAUGGCGUUGUCGUGUCGCAGUGGGAAGUCGGCCAUGUCGCACUUUGGCCAAGCGUGCUCAGAAGAGCAGCCCAAGUUCAGGAGUUUCCGCGAGCCCAGCACGGGGGUGCUCAGCCUCUUCGUUCCCGACGAACAAAGUCCCGACGGAGGGAAGCGCUUGCUGCUUUGCGCCCAGGGCUGGGACAUGGCCAGCGCCAACGUCAUGUGCAAGGAUCUCGGACAUCCGCUUGGCGCCGCCUCUGCCGCUUCUGUGGCGCCCGGACCCCCGAGCCAAGACCUCGGCCACUUUCCUGAGCGCUGCGUCAGCGUUCGCUGCCGAGGCUUCGAGACGUCGUUGGCCGAGUGCGUCAUCCACGACAGCGUCCCGGUCGGCGACGGCAACGUUGCCACGGCCGCUUGCUACGAUGGGACCCACGUGGCCGAAGAGUGCGGCUUUGCGUGCGCCAACGGGAAAUGCGUAUCUGGCAACCGGACGUGCGACGGCAUCGACGACUGCGGCGACCGGAGCGAUGAAAUGUGCUGCAAACGCUGCCGAAGUGGCGCCUUCCGCUGCGGAACGGGCGUGUGCGUGCACGCGGACGCGCUGGCCGACGGCCAGAUGGACUGCUUGGCGGGAGAAGACGAGGCAGCGACGCACGAGCCGGCCAGGAAGGAGUUGAAGAGCACCGAAUACGUCUCUCCUAGGAAAGAAACGCGUGCGGGCCGUAUCCAACUGGAGUCCAAGUUGCAGUGCGGCGUUCCCAACGUGACCGCCGCCAGCGACGUGAAGGACCGAGUCGUCCGCGUCAAGAGAGUCGUCGGCGGCGUCAUGGCCAACCGGACGCAGAUCCAGUGGCAGGUGGGCCUGGAAGAAAACGGCAGAAUCAACUGCGGGGGAACCUACAUCGGAGGCUGCUGGGUCGUCACGGCAGCGCAUUGCGUCAGACCCAACCCGUCGGCGUACCGCAUCAGGUUUUCCAUCUGGAAGAGGUACACUCCUCAGGACACCACCGACAUCAUCCCCGUGGGCGACGUCAUCAUCCACCCCAGGUACAACGUCAGCACGUACCAGAACGACAUCGCUCUGGUCCGGCUGAAGGACCUCCCGCAGACGCCGGGCAAGUGUAUGGAGGACAACCCUGCGGUGAAACCCGCCUGCGUCCCCUGGUCCACGCGGAUCUUCAACGCCAACCACACCUGCAGCAUCUCGGGCUGGGGCCGCACAGACCUGGGAAAAGCCUCGCAGGUGCUCCUGUGGGCCAACGUGUCCCUCAUCCCCGACUGCCAGCGCUUCUACAAAGACCGCUUCAAAGCCGGGAUGAUGUGCGCCGGCGACCUGGACGGAAACGUGGACUCGUGCCAAGGCGACAGCGGCGGCCCUCUGGUGUGCGAGGACCACCUGGGAGUCUCCUACCUGUGGGGCAUCGUCAGCUGGGGCGAUCAAUGUGGCCACUCGGACUCGCCGGGCGUUUACACUCAGGUGGCGCACUACUUUGAGUGGAUCCGCCUGCACACGGGCUGGCCCGCGGUCACCAGGUUCAACUUGUGAGCGUCAUCAUCUUCCUCGUCAUUUUCAUUCUUUGUCUGGAGGGCCACGGAAGUCCGUGUGAAAAACAAAUUGAGUAUAAUCCUAGUUUGAUAAAUAUAAAAUGUCAUUUCA